GCUCUUUCUGAAAGAAAGGUACAUUUGGUACACGAAAGGGUGACAGACUUGGAAGCAUGGCAUCGGGCCUAGAGGAAACCCUAAGCAGGCUUUUACUGCCGGAUAAUAACACGAUCAAACAGGCUACACUGCAGCUGAAGGAAAUUUUCAAAGAUCCCAACAUUGUGCCAGGCUUAUGUCAGAUACUAGGUUCCUCGCAGUCGGCUCAGGUCAGACAAUUAGCAGCAGUUCUGUUAAGAAGAAAAGUACAGAAAGGGCGACAUUGGAGAGCAUUGCCUGACAAUGUUUGUCAAAACAUCAGAGAAAACAUUCUGCAGCUGCUGUUACAAGAACCAGAGAAAUUUGUAAGGAAUUCCAUUGCCCAGGUUGUAGCUAUGGUGGCCAAACAUGAUUUACCUAAAAACCAGUGGCCUCAGUUGUUCCAGUUCAUCCUAUCUUACACCAAGAGUCAGAGCAGCAGUGAGAGAGAGAUUGGUAUGUUUGUCCUGUACUCGGUGUCAGCGGCUGCCGCGGAACAGCUGAAGCCCCACCUAGUGUCCAUGUUACAACUUCUCAACGAGGUUAUUCAGGACUCAGAAAACCGACUUGUUCCAUACUAUGCCAUAAGGACUAUCACAGAAAUCAUAUUCUUCAUUGGAGAUGAUGAAGUGAAAUAUAUCCAGAAUGUGAUUCCGCGUAUGUUACAAGUUGUCCAAGACCUUAUUCCAGUAGAUGAGGACCAGGCUUGUGAACUGAUGGAAGUAUUCGAUGAAAUGUUGGAAUGUGAAGUCUCCAUCAUUGUUCCGCAUAUUAAAUCUACGCUGGAAUUCUGUCUGCAGAUUGCCAGUCAUACGGAUCUAGGAGACAGUAUUAGAGUGAAAGCCAUGUCCUUUGUAGCAUCUCUAGUCAGACAAAAAAAGAAGGCCUUCCUGAAACAUAAGAUGGUAGACCCUGUUUUGUCAGUGCUGUUUCCAGUCAUGUGUAAUGGCAGUGAAGACGAUGAAGAUGAGGAUGAUAUAGAUGAUGCUGAAUGUAGGAUUCCAUCCAUGUACGCCCCACAGGUGAUAGACACCAUGGCCAUCCAUUUGCCACCAGACAAGGUCAUCCCUAAUGUUAUCAAGCUGGUGGAACCCAAUAUAGCUAGUGACCAGGCCUCCCACCGCCGUGCCAGUUUUCUCUCCUUAGCUGUUGUUGUAGAGGGAUGUGCAGAUUACAUCAAACAGAGACAUCUACAAGCCCUUCUUCAGUGUGUUGUUAAGGGGCUGAAUGACCUAGAUUCUGGGGUUCGAAAUUCUGCCCUUUUUGCUCUGGGGCAAUUUUGUGAACACUUGCAGCCUGAGAUCACGUCUUUUUCAUCUGAGUUGCUCCCCUUGUUGUUUCAAUACCUCAGCAAAGCCUCACAAGAAGCAGACAAGAAUCCCAAAGGACUAACAAAGAGCUACUAUGCUCUGGAAACUUUCUGUGAAAAUCUGGAUAAAGAUAUUUUGCCAUAUCUUCCCACUUUGAUGGAACACAUGUUGAUGACAUUGAAAACCUCUACCAGUACCAGACCCAAGGAACUGGCUAUUAGUGCUAUAGGAGCCACAGCCAAUUCUGCCAAGGAGUUACUAAAACCUUACUUUGCUGACAUCAUAGAGCAGUUUAAACCCUACCUGGUUCCGCAUUCAGAAGCAGGUGGCAUGUCGGAGGAGGACAUGAGAAAGCUACAAAUUCAGACCUUGGAUACCUUGAGUGUCAUCGCUCGAUGUAUUGGAGAGGACACGUUUACCCCCAUAGCCAAAGAAUGCGCUGAUUUUGGAAUUGGCUUGCUUAACACUGUAGAUGAUCCAGACCUUCGUAGAUGUGUGUAUGGUCUAUUUGCUGCGUUGUCGGUCAUCAUGAAGAAAGACAUUGCUGUCUAUCUGGAAGUUCUGGUCACUUUUAUGAUAGGAUCCUUAAAUUCAACCGAAGGAGUGCAGGCACAUUAUAAGGAGGAUGAAGACCAGGUUGCCAUCUUCAAUGAGGAAGACUUGUGUGAUGAGGAAGACAUUGCAGAGGAGGAUGAAGAUGAUAAUGAAGAUCAGAAAAUUCAAGGAAUCAGUGUGAAAAAUGAAUUUUUGGAUGAGAAAGAAGAUGCCUGUACCUCACUGGGAGAACUGGCAGGGAACACAGGGGCAGUAUUCUUUCCCUUCUUGGAGCAGUCAUUUAAGGAAGUCUUGGAGAUGAUUGAAUACCCAGCACCAGGAGUAAAGCGAGCAGCCAUUGCUGCUGUUGGACAGAUGUGUAUAUGUGUUCACAAGGCCAACCAAGAGAUGCAUUCUUCAGAGACUCAAUCGGCACUCUCUAACAUGCUGUCAGUCGUUAUCCUCAAGCUGCUAGCUGUGACCGGAGAGGACAUUGACAGUAUGGUUGUGAUGACAGCCAUUGACACUAUGUAUGAAAUGUUGGACAAGAUUGGACAACCGGUCAUACAAGUUCAGGGUAUUUCUGAUGCCAUAUUGACACGGAUGAAGGAAGUGUUCACCCACAAGCUGGCCUGUCAGGAUCAGGAUACAGAAGAGGAUGAUGAGGAGGCGGAGUUUGAUGGGAUGUUGAUCGAGUCGGCGGGAGAUGUGUUGCCAGCUAUGGCUAAACUACUUGGUGGACAAACCUUUAUGCCGUUUUUCAGUAGUUUCUUAACAGAUCUUCAAAAACGCCUGAAAGAAACUAGCUCAGUAUCAGAGAGGUCAUUUUCAAUAGGAACCAUAGCUGAAAUAAUCCAAGCAGCAGGCAGUGCCACUGUUCCUUUCCUACAAAAGUUGUAUCCCUUGUUUAUAAAGUUUGUGAAGGAUUCGGAUGAAGAAGUCUGCAGCAAUGCUGUGUUUGGAUUGGGUUGUUUAUGUGCAAGCUGUGGGAAUCAUCUCACUGGACAAUACCCAGAAAUACUAAAGAUUCUGCUUGAAACUAUGAACAAAUCCUCUAAUGAACGAGUCCAUGAUAAUGUAUGUGCUGCCACCUGUAGGAUGAUCAUGACGGGUACAAGUUCCCUGCCCCUAGAUCAGGUUUUGCCAACAGUUCUACAGUGUUUGCCGCUGAAGGAGGAUUUUGAGGAAAAUAAGACUGUCUUUGAAUGUAUAUGUCAGCUGUAUGGAAGAGGGGAACAAGAGCUUUUGAAACAUAUUCCAAAACUGUUGACAGUAGUUGCACAAGUUGUUGGCACAGAUCAAAUAAAGCAAGAUACACAAGGUCUCCUGAUACAUUUUGUAAAGGACCUCCAUACCAAGUUUCCAGCGGAAUUCCAAGCUGUGCAGGGAUCCUUUACUCCGGACCAGACAAGACGGAUUCAGCAUUGUUUAGAGUAUACCAAUGGAUCACCCUAAUCAUGUUCUGCCGUUUUAAUCAGAUGUCUUUAUUAAGACCACUAAACUUUUUUCUUUUACGGUGUUUGUAUUAGGUAGCGCUUUAAUAGAAUUGAACAUGUAGAUUUUAAUGUGGAUGUCCCCUUUCCCUUUGUUUCUAAGUAUUAAUUACUUCAUUAGGAUAUGAAAUGCACCUGCACCAAAAUUUUUCUGUGAAUGUCUAAGGUUAACAAACAGUGUAAUGUGUUGAUUUUAUUUAUGUAUCGAUUCAAUGUAAAUGUAUGUGAAACAGGAUUCUUAUCAAUUUACUGUACUUUAUUAUAACAAAUUUAAUAUUAACUCAUGUAGUGCAAUAUUUAUGGUAUGAUUAUUGUUAAAAUGUAUUUAAUAUAAUAUUAUCUUGUAUCUAAUACAAAUUGUGAAUUAUUGAAUAAGUUUUUGAAAUUUGAAGUAUUAUUGAUUGCAAAUUCGUAUUUUUUUCUGUAUGUCAAAUGAAUAUAAAAUAUGAGGAGGGGGGGGGGGGGGGGGGGUGAGAAGUGGAAUGGCCGAGUUGCUUCUUGUAAGUGAAUUGUACAUUGUACGUGCAUAUGAACAGGAAAUACAAAGUAGCUAACAAAUGUUUGAGAAUAAUAUACUCUCACCUGUAUGAGUAAUUUUAAAAUGUUUUUAGAAACUUCUGCGAUGUAGAUGUGGGCAUUUUUCAGAUGUCUUGUAUUGAAUAUGAAGUUGGCCUUCGGUUGGUGCAUUGGGUGCUGUGGGGCUCGUGCGAUAACGGGUUGUUUUUGUUUUGUUGUUUGAUGUUUGUUGAUGAAGUUUUUUCGCAGUGUCCCCAUUAUUGACUUUAGCCAAUGUUUUAAUGUUAAAGAGAGCUUUGUCAUACAACAUGAUUUCACCAUUUGAUGUACUUGCCCUGUAUGGAUGUUUUGGCAUAAGAUGGAUACGGAAAAGAGGAUAUAUUAUUCUUAAAGAUGUACAUACAUGCACUGUAUGUCAUUAGACCUUUUCUACCAUGUGUGAUCUUUCAUCAGAAAAAGAAAAUAAAUAUCUUUCCCAAGCUAGUUUAAUUUAAACAUUUUUUAUUGAGAAACUCCAUAGGAUCGGGCAACAGGUAUAGCAUAUGUAGGUCCUCUCCCAAUUUUUCCCAAGCUAGUGAUUGCCUUAAUGCAAAUAUCAAAAUGAUGACGAAUUAAUACACGUAGAUUAGAGAUGGAAUACACCCUAGUUGUAGAACUAAUGAAAUAAUGUAAAGCUGUUGUGAAUAUUAAUAUUUGCAAACCUCAAAAUUACAGAUACAUGUAGGUCCUCAGUAAGUAUAUGUAUUGCAUGAAUGUAAUGCAUAUGUAGGGGUUAGUAUAGUGUUCUUGCUAUUUCUUUGCUGAUUGUGAUGGGAAGCCUGAAUUUAUUAGAAAAUAACGAGAUCACUUUAACAAAGUGUUCAUUCAAUGUACACAGUAUAUGUGUUGUACUAAGAGUCUUGCUUAGAUUAAGUUUGGACUGUUAAAAUUCUUUCAUAUCUCUCUCUCUCUCUCGCUGACAAAACCUGUGAGGACGUUCUCACAAUUUAUAGGAGAGAAUACACGUAUUAUAAAGGGAAUAAAAUGUAUUUAUUUUUAGUAUUUAUAGGGACAUCUAUAAAGUUUAUUCCGUGAAAUUGUAAAGAGAACAUCAGAUGGGACAGGUCGUCGCUAGUCUGAUGUCUACCACAUUCUGUUGGUCACUUAUAAAGGGAGAUAACUAAGGACAGAAUAUUUGUCCCCAUUAUACGCUUCCAUCCUCACAAAUGGGUAGAAACUGUCGUCACUUUACAUGUUCUAUCAACCGUUUCUCAAUGUUCCUCUCAUUGUAUGUCAAUACCUGUAAGAUAGUCUUGUUAUCGAGUCAAACGUCUUACUAUGAUAAUGAAGUCCUGAUACGAGGUUAUUUCAGUUCACUAUCCAUGUUAUAAUGAUUAUUAUGACAUUGUUGCUUUUAUCAUUAAAAAGAAAUGCUGGU